AUGACCCAAGAAUUAAAUAAUCCAUCAAAGAUCUCUAUCAAAGAAGAUUUACAACCGUUUAUUAGUGAAAUUUCUGUUACAGAAGAUUUACAAUCGUUUACUAAUAAAAUUUCUGUUAAAAAAGAUUUACAAUCGUUUAUUAAUGAAAUUUCAAUUAUUUCGUCAAAAAAAUCAAAAACCAACAAAUGGAAACAAAAUGCCAUUACUGUGGCUGGUGGAAAUGGAGAAGGACAACAACUAAAUCAAUGUAGUAGCCCUCAAGGAAUCUUUAUUGAUUAUAGGAACAAUAUUUUCAUUGCUGACAAUCAGAACCAUCGUAUUGUUGCAUGGAAAUGCAAUGCAAAGCAAGGACAAGAAUUAAAUCGACUAAAUUCUCCUAGGGGAAUUUUUACCGAUAAUAAGAAACAUAUUUUUACUACUGAUUAUUGGAAUCAUCGUGUUUCUGAAUGGAAAUAUAAUGCAAAGCGAGGACAAAUCAUUGCUGGUGGAAAUGGCGAAGGAAAUCGAAGGAAUCAAUUGAAUGCACCAACAGACGUGGUUGUUGAUCAAGAAGAUCAUUCGAUCAUCAUUGCUGAUCGAGGGAACAGACGAGUGAUUCGACGGAUGAAUCAAAAUCAACAAGUUCUCAUUCGGAAUAUUGACUGUUUUGGUUUGGCAAUGGAUAAAUAUGGAUUUCUUUAUGUUUCUGAUGAUAACAGGAAUGAAGUGAGACGAUGGAAAAGGGAAGGAUUUGAUGACGAAGAAAUUGUAGUAGCUGGUGGAAAUGGAGAAGGAAAUCAACUCAAUCAACUCCAUCGUCCUACUUUUAUCUUUGUUGAUGAAGAUCAAUCUGUUUAUAUAUCAGAUUCGUUCAAUCAUCGUGUAAUGAAAUGGAGAAGGGAUGCAAAAGAAGGAAUAAUUGUGGCUGGAGGAAAUGAUAAAGGAAGCAAUCUUAAUCAAUUGCAUCGUCCUCAAGGAGUCAUUGUUGAUAAUUUGGGUCAAAUAUAUGUGGCAGAUUUUAGGAAUCAUCGAGUAAUGCGUUGGUGUGAAGGAAAAGGAGAAGGUGAAAUUAUUGUUCGUGGAAACGGUGAAGCAAAUCUAUUGUAUCUUCCAAUGGGUUUAUCUUUUGAUGAUGAAAGAAAUCUUUAUGUUGCUGCUAUGCAAACUCAUCGAAUUCAAAAAUUUGAAAUUAUAUUGUGA